ACCCUAAAAAAUUCACAAGCUCGUUAAUUCAUAUAAAUCUUACGUUAAACCCAAGUUAAAAAAGAAGAAGAGACAAACCGCCCAAGAAAUGAAGCUGAGGAUGGCAAUGCUUGGACUUCUCAUUUUAAGCGUCGGCUUUGUCGAGUGCAAGAAGAAGUACACGAAGCAACUAGUUUUGCAGAGUAAAGAGACGAAUAUAGUGAAUUUCGUAAGACUGGUAGUGAUGAGGCUCGUCUUCGGGGUAGCUUCAUCAAUGGGACUCGGAGAAAACCUUUCCGGAGUUCUUGGAGGGAUUUUCGUUCCUCCAGGAGUCAACGAGUACGGGGAUUACGGUGAUGACGAUUACACCUCGGCUUUCUUCUGAAAAUAAUGACUACAAACGAUUAGAGGAAAUUAUC